AUGACAAAACAGAAUAUAAUCGGCAUAAAGGAACACUCAGAUUUUGCGUCCUCGUCUAUUCAAACCCCAAAUUCAUUUCAAUCCAACCAGUGUGUACAAUCACAGAAUCUGCAGUAUCAAGCAUUCCCAUUUCUCAAGAGUGAGCAAAAGCAAAAUGAGGCGGUAUCGACGGUUAUAUUGGCAAGUAAUCCUGAUUUCACUAUUAACACUUCAAAUUCAUAUGAAUCCAAUCGAUAUGUUGGCGACGACUCCUAUCACCAUUGUACACACCCCCAACAUGAUACUAACACUUUUGCACAGCAUCAGUUGACCUCAAGCCCUUUGUUACCCCUCAAGCUACAGCAAAAGCAACAGCAACAGCUACCGGUACUGAUUUCUGAGGGCUCGCUCAAUUAUAGACAUUUAAAACCGAUGCAAUUUUAUUCCAUACUCCCUCCACCACAAGCUCAUCCAUUGACACACAUACCACAAACACCUUUACAGUCAGCGCAAUAUCAAGAUAAUCUACAACCUCAAUAUAACUACUAUGUUCAAACGCAUCCAAAUGCGCAAUUCACAUUCCAGCAAAUACAGCCGCCGCCGCAGCAGCAGCAGCCAUGGCAACCCCAACCACAACCAUAUAUACCACAAUCACAGCAAACAAUCACGUCUGCAAAUUUUCCUCAAGCAUAUUAUCACUCUUCAAAUAAUUAUGCAAAACCCAUUUCAGCACCUUCAAGACGAAAAUCAAAACAAUCUACGACUUGGUCUGCAAAAGAAGAUAGAUUACUAAGAGAGUUGAAAGAGGUGCAAAAUUUGGGCUGGAGAAAUAUCUCUACUUUUUUUCAAGAUCGAACACCAAAUGCUUGCCAAUUCAGAUGGAGGCGCAUAUACAAUGCAGUCAAAGGAUCAUCAUCAUCAUCGUCACCGCCAACGUUGUCAUCGUCUAUUCAACCUGCAUCAACAAUAUCAACUCCAAAAUACACUCUGCCGCUGUUGCAAUCUAGAAAUAGUAUGGAUUCAACAAGCUCGCACCAAUACUCACCCAGGUCAGGCGAUGGUGAAAAUGGAAUCGUUGCUGAUGAAGAAAAGAAAAGUCAACACAAUAUUGAUUUUUUGUUGAACUAA